CUAGGCUCCCAACUAUGGCCCAGCAUGACCCGUUUGAUGGUGGCAAUGAUGGCUUGGGACAUCUCCCAUGGCCUUUGGGCGCCAGGAGUACCUCCAUACCUGCUGCGCUGCGAUCCCUUGUCGCCGAGCCAAGAGUUCUUCAAAGAGGAAGUCCCUUUCAGCAUUCCAGCACCGCGUCUUUGUUCAGGAGCUCGCUUCCUACCAGUUUCCUUUGCCAUCCCAAAGGAGGAUGUCUUGCCCUGUGUGCCAGAGAAAUUCAUGGAUUUUGCUCCGCUGGUUCCAGGCUUAGAGGAGUCUUACGUUUUUCCCAUGACGUCAUAUGGAGAGAUGGAGUACAAGAGGAUGUACCGAGAAUCACGGUUUGGCGUAACAAAGCGCCGAGCAGGCUGGGAAACGAUGCGCAUCUAUGAGAUCCUGGCAUGCGGCUCGGUUCCGUACAUCCAUGCCGCAAACGAAAUCCCGGAUGCUGCACUGGUGUAUGUGAACAAGACGCUUCUUAGGCAAGCCCAGCAAUUAGUGGCGAAUGCGGGCCAACCACCGCGAGAUGCCUUCAGCACGCCUACAGUGGACAGUUUGGAUUUGACCAAAUAUGUAGCACUGGCAGCUGAGCUCUUGCGCCACACGCAGCAGCACCUCACCACAGAGGCGUUGGCAAAAUAUAUUUUGACGUCCUAUGGAAAGCCGGUUUCCACUGCACUCUAUGUCUCAGGAUGUUUUCAUGGAGACUAUCUGUGCUAUGUGGCGUUGCAUGGCCUGCGCAGAGUGCUGGGUAAUAGAUUGGUGGAUUAUCCAUUCUUGGACUACAUGUACAUGCCCAAUGUAGCCCCCUUGCAGCCCAUCAACCGCAAGACGACAUGCCCACAGACGCAGUGCACUGUCCUGAGCGGUGGCCUUGGCGAAGGAGGCGCACCACGUGGCGCACCACGUUUUGCCAUCAAUAGCCUGGGUGCCAAUGUGCCAGUCUACGGAGGUGGCUUUUCUUAUGCAUACCGCUUGGAACACUUGCAAGACCUGAACCGUUCUCGAGCUGCGAUCAAUGCACAGGUGUCGAGACGGGAGUUCGAUGUGGUGAUUCUGCCAAGCGCUUACCUGGCCUUGGGAAAUGGCUUCCGGGAGGCUGGAAGAGGUGGAUGCCGUUGAUCCAACAUUCACUAGCAUGUUAUGCAAAUCUCUAGAUUCAAUGACAUUUAUAAAAUUCCCGAGGACCUUGAGUUUCCCUAAGGUAGUUUUCUUCAUGUUUAUUCAAUUUGGCGAGUGCUUUCCGUUGCUUUUCUUGUCCCAGGUGGGUUGCGCACCUCCCAAAACGGCCAAAAGGGACCGCCGGGAAACACGAACCUUCCUACCAGCUUACUUCGACUGAUUUUUGAUUUCCAGGCAAUGCAUGCCACCCUUGGUUCAAGGUGCUUUUCCACGGGGUAGCAUCCAGCAACCAGUUGUGGAGGCAGGACUUUAACCACAGCACAAGUACAGGUAGGCGCUUUUAAAACUAGAUCAUUGUAAGUUCUUGGAGCAUGCGUAGAGCGUGUCAUGUUUCCUGAACACAUGUCACUAGCCAAAAUGGUUUGCCAUUUUGGCUCAGGAGUUGGGUACUACGGUCUUGGAAAAACAAAAAGCACACACCUUUAUGUUGGAGAAAGAUAUUAUCUACAAUUUGCAAUCAAUUCCAGGUGCAGCUGCUCGUGAAGCAUGUCUUGAAGCACUAUGCUCCACAUCAGAUCAUCAUCCUUGACGGUCGAGAUCCGGAGAAGAACAAUGUCCUGCCUGAAGGUGCAGCUGAUUUAUCCAAGCAAGGCUUCUUGUACUUCCUGAGAGAAGCCCCGACAUGGUGUGUGGAAGAAUGAACCACGGCCAAAGAAGCCGCGGUUCGUUCAUAAUGUUCAUAAGAAAAGCAUCGUUCAAGCGAUGAAACGAACGUGACA